AUGACCAACCUGUCCGAUCAGGACUAUGAUCUCGAGGCCCUACAUGCUGAGAUGCAGAACGCUCCCAACUAUCUGGAUCCUUCAUGCCAGCUUGCAGCCCAAAUCCGAGAAGCGAUGGUUCUGAUACGGUGCUAUGAGCUUCUCCAACAGUCACGAGCCUACCAAGCCUCCGAAGAAACAAUCCGCGAGGAUGUUUCGGACGUCGCCUUGGACCGUGGUACCGACAUCGACGCUUCCCAAGUCUCUCGUCCACUUUCGCCCCCUGAUCCCAGCGAACUCAUGGGAGGUAAGGAGACCGGAAUCACUGCAGACAAGGAGACCACAGUCACUGGAGAUACCAUAGUCACUGAGGGCGAGAGAAACGCAACGCUUGGUUCAAGCUCGGAAUCGGCCUCGACCCUUGAGCAGCCCACCAUUCCUAACUAA